AUGAGAAGGAGAGACAAGAAGGAAGAGAAGGAGAGUUUAUGUGAGCACGGGCGGCAGCGAUCGCAAUGCAAGGAGUGCGGGGGCAGCAGCAUAUGCGAGCACGGGCGGCGACGAUCGCAAUGCAAGGAGUGCGGGGGCAGCAGCAUAUGCGAGCACGGGCGGCGACGAUCGCAAUGCAAGGAGUGCGGGGGCAGCAGCAUAUGCGAGCACGGGCGGGAACGAUCGCAAUGCAAGGGAUGCGGGGGGGGCAGCAUAUGCGAGCACGGGCGGGUCCGAUCGGGAUGCAAGGGAUGCGGGGGCAGGAGCAUAUGCGAGCACGGGCGGCGACGAUCGCAAUGCAAGGAGUGCGGGGGCAGCAGCAUAUGCGAGCACGGACGGCGGCGAUUGGAAUGCAAGGGAUGCGGGGGCGGCAGCAUAUGCGAGCACGGGCGGCAGCGAUCGGUAUGCAAGGGAUGCGGGGGCAGCAGCAUAUGCGAGCACGGGCGGCAGCGAUCGGGAUGCAAGGAGUGCGGGGGCAGGAGCAUAUGUGAGCACGGGCGGCAGCGAUCGGGAUGCAAGGAGUGCGGGGGCAGGAGCAUAUGUGAGCACGGGCGGCAGCGAUCGCAAUGCAAGGAGUGCGGGGGCAGGAGCAUAUGCGAGCACGGGCGGCAGCGAUCGGUCUGCAAGGGAUGCGGGGGCAGGAGCAUAUGCGAGCACGGGCGGAUCAGAUCGAGAUGCAAGGGAUGCGGGGGGGGCAGCAUAUGCGAGCACGGGCGGGUCCGAUCGCAAUGCAAGGAGUGCGGGGGCAGGAGCAUAUGCGAGCACGGGCGGCAGCGAUCGAGAUGCAAGGAGUGCGGGGGCAGCAAUCGAGAUGCAAGGGAUGCGGGGGCAGCAGCAUAUGCGAGCACGGGCGGGUCCGAUCGGGAUGCAAGGAGUGCGGGGGCAGCAGCAUUAUGCGAGCACGGGCGGCAGCGAUCGGUCUGCUAG